CUUCGUCACUUUGGUUUUUUUUUUUAAUUACAUUACUUGAGAAGGCCUCGUGAUUUUACAGUUUGGUAUUUGCUGGUUGAGUGUGACAGCGUGGGUCGCCUUUUGUCUUUCUUUUUGAUCAGCACUGUGCAAGAACAACAACAAUGUCUUUCAUAAACGGCAAUCAUAUCACAAAGGAUUCAUGGGACUCUCACAACAAGAUGAUGCUGGAGCCACUGGCUAUCAAUGAUGCUGAGGUGUUCUCUAUCAUUAAAAAAGAGAAGCACAGGCAGACAUACGGGCUUGAGCUGAUUGCUUCCGAGAACUUCACCAGCAGAGCUGUUUUAGAGGCACUUGGAUCUUGUAUGAAUAACAAGUACUCCGAAGGGUAUCCUGGUCAGAGGUAUUACGGUGGAACAGAGCAUGUAGACGAGCUGGAGAGACUCUGCCAGAAGAGAGCGCUUGAGGCCUAUGGUCUGGACUCUGACAAAUGGGGCGUGAAUGUGCAGCCUUAUUCCGGUUCCCCUGCCAACUUUGCUGUUUACACCGCCAUCGUGGAACCACAUGGUAGAAUCAUGGGCUUGGACCUUCCGGAUGGCGGUCACCUGACGCACGGCUUCAUGACUGAAAAGAAAAAAAUCUCCGCAACGUCCAUCUUUUUUGAGUCCAUGCCAUACAAGGUAAACCCCGAAACUGGUUAUAUCGACUACGACCGACUGCAAGAAAAUGCACGUCUUUUCCAUCCCAAACUCAUCAUUGCAGGAACAAGCUGCUACUCCCGUAACAUUGAUUACGCCCGCAUGAGGCAAAUUGCUAACGAGAACGGAGCGUAUCUGAUGGGCGACAUGGCGCACAUCAGUGGACUAGUGGCUGCUGGAGUCGUUCCUUCACCCUUUGACUACUGUGACAUUGUUUCCACGACAACCCACAAGACGCUGCGUGGCUGCCGAGCUGGACUGAUAUUCUUCAGGAAAGGUGUCCGCAGUGUUGAUGCCAAGGGGAAGGAGACUCUGUAUAAUCUCGAGUCUUUAAUCAAUCAGGCUGUUUUCCCAGGGCUCCAAGGUGGACCACACAACCACGCCAUUGCAGGUGUUGCUGUGGCUUUGAAACAAGCCAUGACACCAGAGUUCAAAGCUUACCAGAUCCAGGUUCUUGCCAACUGCAAAGCUCUGUCGGCUGCCCUCGUUGAGCACGGCUACACGAUUGUCACUGGUGGUUCUGACAAUCAUCUGAUCCUGUUGGACCUGCGUAGCAAAGGAACAGAUGGAGGACGAGCUGAGAAGGUUCUGGAAGCCUGUGCGAUCGCUUGUAAUAAGAAUACUUGUCCAGGGGACAAAAGCGCUUUGCGCCCCAGUGGACUGAGAUUUGGCUCCCCUGCUCUCACCUCCAGAGGCUUGGUGGAAGACGACUUCAGGAAGGUGGCAGACUUCCUUCACAAAGGAAUUGAACUAACCUUGGAGGUGCAGAGAAGUCUGGAUCCCAAGGCUACUCUGAAGGAGUUCAUCCAGGCGUUGGCCCAGAAAGAGAAUUUCCAGCAGCGUGUGACUGAUAUUAGAGCAGAGGUUGAAACUUUCGCUGGUCGUUUUGCCAUGCCAGGCCUCCCUGAGCUGUAAACUCGGACGCUGAUGUUUGUUGUUGGACUGAUGCGGUUUCUGAUGUGCAAAUGUGUAUUUUUUAAAUGAUGCGGUUAGACAUGCUCUACACCGUCAGAUCAAGAUGGGUUUUGGUCUGAGCAGGUUUUUUGUUUUUGUUCAACUGUGUUUUUUUGUUUGUUUGUUUUUUGUCGCCGCUUUGCCAAGCUUUAAAACUCACUGGAAGCUCCAAAUCAAUUUUAACCUUAAUAAAAGGUUUCCUGCUUCAUAAGUAUAAGUAUAAUUGACUUUAUUUCAUGUCAUCAAUCAUCAUGUAAAUACAGGGGUGCCCAAGUCCAGUCCUCGAGAGCCCCUAUCCAGUUUGUUUUCCAUGUCUCCCUCCUUUAUAACACAGCUGAAUCAAAUGACCAGCUCAUCAGCAAGCUCUGCAGGAGCCCGAUAAUGAUCCUGAUUAUUUCAUUCAGGUGUGUUGGAGGAGGGAGACCUGGAAAACUAGCUGGAUAGGGGCUCUUGUCUUGAGGACUGGACUUGGGCGCCCGACUGUAAAAUAUUGAACACCAAACACAUUUGUGUUUUAAAUCAGGUUGAUUUACUUGCUAUGUUUUAUCCAUACACAUUAAAGUUUAAGAGCCAAAUUGA